ACACCUCCACCAAAUAUACAAUGUGAGCCGAAUAAGAGUUAUAACAGCAAAAACGACAUAAAAGUCAUGAUAGAUCAUGUUUAUAACGAAAAAUCUAUAGAUAGAAUCAUAAAGCAAAACUAUCAGUUAGAAGCGGAAAAAAUACGGAAUAAGCAUUCACAGGACCUCAAUCAUUUUAUUGAUUGGUUUGAAAAUCAACCUGGACAUUUGAAACAUGUUCUACAAAGAUUGGAUAAGCUACGACAAGAACAAGUAGAACCGAUUGUUGAAAUAGUUGCCGGUGUACUUAGUGAACAUCCUAAAUUAGAAAUGUUAUACAACGAGAAAUUGAAUAAAACUAGCGAAUUGGAAAAGAAACUCAAGAGAUACAAGAUUAUUUGUAAGCUUAAUUGUGAAGAUGAUGAAGAAAACGAUUAUAUCAUAAGCAAGCGAGAAAUUGGGGAAGAUUUUUAUUGCAGUUCUUUGGAAGAUUUACAUAAGCAUAUUACUAAAAAUCUCGAUCAGUUUGUUAUAAAAAUAAAUAACAUUACAAUGAAUAAACUAUCUUCAACUGACAAGAUAUAUGAGGAAAUAAUUGAAGAAAUCAAGUCCAAUUUAAAAGACAAAGCACUGAAUGAGUUCGGUCGAACUAUGUACGAUAUCCUUCACUUGGAAGACGAGUACCAUCAUUUUGUGGAUAACAUAACUUCCGUAGAUUUAUUCGCAGCUGUUUAUGCUAUUAAAAGCUUUGGACUUCAUAUAGAUACAAAAUUAUUGGAAUUGGAACAAGCUAUUGAGAAAUAUGGGAAACAUUGUAACAGUUGCAGCUCUAAAUCCCUGGUAAGAAAAGCAAGACAGGCAAAUCCAGAAUUGGAUACAAAACAGACAGCAGAACAACCAAGUCUCGUGGAUGGAUUGCUGGAAAAUAAAUUUAAAGAAAUCGUAGAUGCAGUAGAAAGAGACUGUAAAAAUAUAUUUAAUGACCUAAACGUGUUAAUACAAAAUAUUGAUCAAGUUAGUGGAGAGAACUGGAAACCACUACAAGACGAAUUACAUGCAAUGACUACCGCUGAGAGAGAGGUUUUGGAGUCUCUUCAAAACCUAGCCUCAACAAAACCUAUUGAUAUAUUAUUGGAAAUAAUUAAGAAGCUGCAAGCGUUAUUGCAAUUCAUUUAUGAUAUUUUAAAUAAUUUGCCUUAAUAAAGUGUUUAACAAUUCUUAGCAA